GUACUCCUGUACAACUUCAGUACUUCACCAUUUAAAAAUUGAUUCUCCCAAACCUCGAUUUGGAAUUGUCAUCGUGAAGAAGAACGAGCUCUUACGUCAUGACUCACCUAACCAAUACACCACUUUGCCGAUGACUCUAUUAAAAUCGCAUGAAAACCAUCCAUCAAAUGCAUCUCUCUCUCUCUCUCUCCAAAAGCCGGCCACUGUAAUUUCCUUCCUCCACAAUGUCUUCAACCACAAACAACGAAGUAACCCAUGAUUUCCCACCCCUCGGAAUCCGGACAUUCAAAGACGGCACCGUAGAGAGACUCAAAGGCGCCGAAAUCGUCCCCCCUUCGACCGACCCAAUCACCGGCGUCCGAUCAAAAGACGUCGUCAUCGACCCGCAAACGGGGCUAUCUGCUCGAAUCUACAGCCCCAAAACCGCAAACCCAACUCACAAAAAGCUUCCCCUCCUCAUAUACUUCCACGGCGGCGGUUUCUGCAUCGAAACCGCCUUCUCGCCGAUGUACCACAACUACCUCAAUUCACUCGCCGCCGAAGCCAACGCCGUGAUUAUCUCUGUUGAUUACAGAAGAGCCCCUGAAUACCCUCUCCCGAUCGCCUACGAUGAUUCCUGGACCGCGAUCAAGUGGGCGGCUUCUCACAGUCAACGAGGCGGGGAUGAGGUAUGGCUAAACGACUACGUCGAUUGGGAUGAGGUAUUCUUUGCAGGAGACAGCGCAGGUGCUAAUAUAGCUCACAACAUGGCGGUUCGGGUCGGGUUGGAAGGACUGGACGGGGCAAGGCUUGUUGGGAUUGCUUUGGUGCAUGCUUAUUUUUGGGGGAAGGAACCAAUUGGAAAAGAAGGUGACAACAUCAUGAGAAAGGCCUUUGCUGAGAAUCUGUGGCUUUUCGUCUGCCCUUCGUCCAGCGGGUCAGACGACCCGUUGUUGAACCCGGUGAAGGAUCCGAAUUUCUCGAAGCUGGGUUGCGAAAAGGUGCUGGUUUGUGUGGCCGAGAAAGAUAUGUUGAGGGACAGGGGGUGGUAUUACAAAGAGGAAUUGGAGAAGAGUGGGUGGUGGGGAGGAGCGGUGGAGGUUAUGGAGGCUGAAGGGGAAGACCAUGUGUUCCAUUUGUUUAAUCCUACUUGUGAAAAUGCCGCGGCCAUGCUCAAAAGGGUGGCUGCUUUCAUGAAUUGAGGACAAAGCAUAAAAUUAGCUAGCCUUUCGUUUUGUCCCAACGGCACUGAGUAAUCUCUCAUCGGUUUCACUUCAAUUGUGGUUCCUAAUAACCCUUCCACCGACAGGCGAUUGUGUUUUUCAUAGAUUUCUCUAUUGCUCAUGUCAGCAUGAUGUUUUUUCUUGCUUCUUUUGAUUGAAUAAUAGAAUGCCAAGUUGACCUAACGUGGCUAUUAUCAAUAGUGGAGAGAUGAAUUGAACUCUUUUUUUUUCUUUUU